AUGGCAGAAGACCCUGAAAAACAGAAAGAGACCGUCCCGACUGGUGGCCCACUGGAGAAAGGUGAACCCGACAAUGCCUCCAACAAGGGCCCUUUGUCGGGUGACAACACGGAUACAGAGCGAGGAGCCAGCAAGGACAUCACGUCUGGAACAGUCCGUACCGUGACCGGUUGGAGAUGGGGUAUCGUUGUCUUCGCCAUCCUCUCCUCAACAUUCCUUUUCGCCCUCGACAACACCGUCGUUGCAGAUGUGCAGCCUCAGAUCGUGCUCCAGUUCGACGCCAUCACCGACAUUGCCUGGCUGGGAGUUGCCUUCAUCAUGGCUGCCAACUCCACGAACCUACUCUUCGGACAGUUGUAUUCACACCUCCAACCUAAGUGGUUGUACAUUGGGAGUGUUGUAGUCUUUGAGGUGGGAAGCGCCGUCUGCGGUGCGGCGCCGAACAUGGAGAGUCUCAUCGUCGGUCGGGCAUUGUGCGGCCUUGGUGGGGUGGGCAUGUAUCUCGGAGUCAUAACUCUCAUCGCCGCCACGACAACCAUUCAGGAGAGACCUGCGUAUCUUGCCUUCAUCGGUCUCACUUGGGGAUUGGGGACCGUCUUGGGACCCGUCAUUGGCGGCGCUUUUGCCGACUCCGAUGCUACUUGGCGAUGGGCCUUCUACAUCAACCUCCCGAUUGGAGGACUCGCGGCGCCGGUUUACCUCUGGAUGCUCCCUUCACCUGACCCCCAGCCAGGCGCAACCGUGCUUCAACGCCUUGUCGAGAUCGACUGGGUUGGCGUGCCACUCAUGCUAGGAGCCAUCAUCUGCUUUACAAUGGGCAUCAGCUUCGGUGGUCUUAUGUACGAAUGGGACUCGGGCCAGGAGAUUGCCCUGUUCGUCGUCGCCGGUGUGCUUUUCAUCGCCUUUGGUGUUCAGCAGGCAUACUGCAUUGGUACCACCAAAGAGCGACGUCUCUUCCCGGUCGAGCUUGUCUUUUCCAGAAAGUACUACCGGACCAUCAUCUUGAUGUUCUGCAUCACGGCAUCAGGAGGCUGCGCCAUCUUCGUCCCGGUAUAUUUCAUUCCCAUCUUUUUUCAAUUCACGCGAGGUGACAGCGCUAUUGACGCGGCUGUUCGUCUACUUCCCUUCAUCAUAGUAACGGUCUUUGUCACUCUCCUCCAAGGUGGUAUCCUCUCGCACCCAUCCGGCAAAUUCGGGUUAUACUUCCCUUGGUUCACCGUCGGCGGUGCCAUUGUCGUCGCUGCGGCAUCGCUGAUGUAUGUCGUUGAGACUGACACAAGCACGGCAUGGGUGUACGGGGCGUCGGCCAUGCUCGGAGCUGGAGUGGGGACGUUCACGCAGGCAGGCUUCUCCAUCUCUCAGGCUAGUGUGCCCGAAGACAAGGCGGCUGUCGCUUCUUCACUCAUAGCACUGGCCCAGACGAGCGGAAUUAACAUCGCACUGGCUGUCAGCAAUGCCGUGUUCCUGAACAGAGCCGAGCAGCGCUUGACCGAUAUUCUUCCGGAUACCGUCUCGGAGGAGCAGAUCCGGCUUGCCAUCGCCGGCGUGGGAGUAGAAUUUGUCCGAACACUGCCUCAGGAAAUGCAGCAGAGAAUCCUAAAUGCCAUUGUUGAAGCUCUGAACCUGCCGUACAUCUUGGUCAUUGUGGCUGGUGCGGUGGUGCUUCCCGCCAUGGCCGUCCUCAUCGGCCUCCCUUUCGUGAGAGGCCAAGUCCGCGGACUUUGGCUGGCAGCCUUUCUACACCUUCUCCUGGCCACAUCAGUUUGCGCCUACAUGCCGCUCUCAGAAGGCGCGCUACGAAACAUCACCAUCUCUGAGGCCGACUUUGAUAUCCACAACGGUCCUCUGCUCUCACCCAUCCUCAUUCCCCGCGUGCCCGGUACGCCCGGCCAGGUCAAGACCCAGGAGCAUUUUGUGAAUUUCUGGAAGAAGAACCUGCCUAAAUGGGAAAUCCUGUGGCAGAAUUCCACCGCCAAGACACCUGCCACGGGGAAUAAGGACAUUCCCUUCCAAAAUCUCAUCUUCCGCCGCGAGCCGCCCUGGACAAAGCCCGGACAGGCCAACUUUCUCACUCUUGUGGCUCACUAUGACAGCAAGAUUGAGCCUGCAGGCUUCAUUGGCGCGACGGACAGCGCUGCUCCGUGUGCGAUGCUGAUGCACAUUGCACGGGCUGUUGAUGGGUAUAUGACCCAGAUGCAUGAUGAGAUGGUCGCGCUGGGUGAGAAUGGAGGAACGGUUCCGCAGGACAUGGGUCUGCAGAUUCUGCUUUUGGAUGGUGAAGAAGCAUUUCAUUCCUGGACGGACACCGACUCAUUGUAUGGCGCGAGAUCUCUGGCUGAGGAGUGGGAGAAGACAUUCAACCCCGCCAUGUCUCACUAUAAGAACCCACUUGAGCAAAUUAGCAUGUUCGUUUUGCUCGACUUGUUGGGAUCCGCCGACCCAAAUGUCCCAUCCUACUUCCAGACGACUCACUGGGCGUACAAGAGCAUGGCAACCCUUGAGAAGCGCAUGCGUGACUUGGGUGUUCUGGAGACGAAGCCCAGCUCCCCGUUCCUCGGCGACGCAGACAAGGACCCCAAGCGUUUCGGCAUGAGUGGUAUCGGGGAUGAUCACGUCCCCUUCAUGGCGAGGGGCGUCAACAUCCUCCACAUGAUUCCGUCGCCGUUCCCUGCGGUCUGGCACAGGCCCGAGGACGAUGGUGAGCAUCUCGACAUGCCCACAGUAAGAGACUGGACGAGGAUUGUAACUGCUUUUACCAUGGAGUGGCUUGAUAUGAGUGAAGUAAUGCCAGAGGAGGCUGCACAAGUAUAG